GAUCCGGGAAAUAAAGCGCGACGCCUAAAGAGAGGAGGAAAGAAAGGGAUGUACUGGGACACUGUCGUCAGACCUGCAGACAGAAACACAGACAGCAAAGGCUCCAAAGUAAAGUGCUCCUUGUUGCCUCCGUCUGUAUUGAUCAACGAUCAGAACUGCGGUGACGGUGAAAGUCGUAAUCACAAGUCUUUCAACACAGAUGGAGGUUUGCCAGACUGGAUAUUACACAGAGGACUUCAGGACACAGGAAGUGCCAGCUGGCUUUGACUUUGCAUCUUAUGACUACCCUGGUGAAGACCUGUCUUUUCUGUUAGACAGCAAAGCACCCGGACAGCAGCAGUUUGUCGCGGAAAGCAGCUACCCAGAGCCACCGAAAGCUUCUCACCCGUACGACACUAAAGCCUCAGUGAGCGCCGGUGACGCUGGCCUCUUCAACCUGGACUCAUACCAGGAGUUCAACUGGUGGACCUCGUAUCCACAUGAUGGGCUGACAGUAGAGCAGCCGCAGACUGGAUACCAGGAGUCUACCUACCAGGGCCUGGUCCCCCAGAAUGGGCAGUUCAGCCCGGCCGUGGAGGGCAGCCACAGCCCUUUUUUAACCGCAAAAGGAGCAAAUACACUACAAAGUGAGACGGGUCAGAGCUACUCGUGUCACUCGGCCGAGCUGUACGACGCCGACGGGCAGAGGCAGCCGUCGUCCUUCUGGCCUGAAUACUCCUCUCCCAGCUUCACCCUACCACACCCGCCUGCGGCUUCCUGCCCCUCAAACCACGUCCCUCAGUCCUCAGAUCAGUACUGCCCCCGCGUGGUCAAACGUAAAAACGCACACCCCCAGAGGCCGGACAGGGAGAGCCAGAUGACAGGAAUGUCAGCUUAUCCAGGUUCUGGUCCGAUCCAGUUGUGGCAGUUUUUACUGGAGUUACUUCUGGACUCUGCCUGCCGAACUUUCAUCUCCUGGACGGGAGACGGCUGGGAGUUUAAGAUGUCCGACCCCACAGAGGUGGCCAAGCGCUGGGGCCAAUGCAAGAACAAACCCAAGAUGAACUACGAGAAGCUGAGCCGUGGCCUGCGUUACUACUACCACAAAAACAUCAUCCACAAGACGGCGGGCAAGCGCUACGUCUACCGUUUCGUCUGUGACGUGCAGGGCAUGCUGGGAAAGACAGCGCAGGAGGUCCUGAGCAGUCUGAACGUUUUGCCCGCUAACGCAGAGUCGUGGCAGUGCCCCGGAGUACCGCAGACACCAGAGCACAGCAGUGAAACAUGGGCGUCACAGUAGGCAACGGGUGCCAGGACUCUGGAUGGCGCUGGCUGAGAGAGAGCGACCGGCACAUUUCAGCUGAGUGAACGCUGCCUCCUCCAGCCCUGGCUGAGCUGCGGUGUGUUCACGGGGCUUCGAGCAGACGAGGUGCCAGUUUCUCAGUGCUGCUUUUCAGGAGAACAAACGAAAAUAACAAAAAAACUGAUAAAUUUGACAUGCAGUCAGUCUUUUUUUAAAUAAUAGAUCAUAAAGAAUAAAGGUCUGCCUUGGAAACAUGUAGUUCCUUAACCUCAGAGCUGAGCGCAGCACAGGAACCAGUCAGGAGCGUUUUAAGCACUAAAUACAGAUACUUUUUGUCCUGUCUACGGUCAUAUUUUCAUGUGAUGUGUAUCUAAGAAGAAACUGAUUUGUAAAUAGUGUUUAUAUGGUUGCUAUGUGGAGUUUUGUGCAUUUUUAUAUAUACAUUAUAUAUAAAACUCAUGUCUACCUCUGUUGUUAAUCAAAAUAACAUGAACUGAGAUCAUUUCCAGGCUCUCGGCUGUGAAAGUCUGAGUCUGGGUGAUCAUUGUUUUGUGUAAAUAAACUGUAUAUUAUUAGUAUAGAUUUG